CAGCUCUAGCCGUUGACGCUUUUCAUUCUCAGUAGAUUUUUCCACCGCUGUUGAAUCUGACCUAAUCUGACAAUAACGGCCAUAACAGCGAUUUGAAUCACUAAACUCAAGAAUAUCUGGAAUAUUUAACACGUUUUAUCUGGAUUUAUAUAGAUUUGUUUUAUUUUAUUGUGAUCUUUUGCAUUUUUCCCCCCUCGCAUUGCGGUCGGAUCUUUUCGCUCAGGGCGUGUUGGGGACGAGUUGAGCCCGGAUUGGGGAGCUCGAUUUCGGGACGAGUGUGAGGAAUGACCGCGGCUGGAGACGGACUGACCGGAGUCUAAAAUGGAUACGAUGGAUUAUAACGAUCUGGGGAACCGCCUGGAGCAGAAACUCAGCAUCCAGGACAAAACUCUCCCUCUGCAGUCAGACCAAAUCCAGUGUGAGAAGCUGAAGACUUCCCACUCCCCAGACGACUCCGCCUUCACAGAUGUGUCUCCUAAGAGUGACUCCAGCACUCACACAGACACAAACACCACAACAGAGCCCACCCCCUGCACACCAGACCCCACCCCCUCCACACCAGAGCCAUGCCCACCGCCCAAGAAAGAAAUGACGUCAGAACAGAGACAGAAACUGGCCAAGGAGCGAAGAGAAGAGAGAGCCAGAUACAUCGCGGCAAAGAAAGCACAGUGGCUGGAGAAAGAGGAGCGAGCAAGAAGACUGAGAGAAUCACAACUAGAGGAGAGGAGGAGGAGACUGGAGGAGCAGAGGGUGAAAGCAGAGAGGAGAAGAGCUCUGCUGGAGGAGAAACAGAGACAAAAACUAGAGAAAAACAAGGAGCGAUAUGAAGCAGCCAUCAAGAGAUCCACAAAGAAGACCUGGGCAGAGAUCCGUCAGCAGAGAUGGUCGUGGGCCGGAGGACUCAACCAGACCUCCAGACGAGAGAGCCGAUGCUCCUCCUCCACAGUGACCCUCCCUCGCACCCAGGACCCUGUCAUUAACAGCAGACUGUCAAAGUCCUCCGCCACCCUGUGGAACUCCCCUGGCAGAACCCGCAGCCUGCGCCUCAGUCCGUGGGAGAGUAAGAUCGUGGAGAGACUCAUGACACCAACUCUGUCGUUUCUGAAGAAGAGCCGAAGCGCCGCUACUCUGCUCAACAACAACAAUGACUCAUGCAUUCCUCUGAGCUGUUCUCAUCAGAACAGUGCAGAGAGAUGGAGACACUCCUCAGCCUCCACCCCAGACAUCACCCAAAGAGCACAGAGACAGCGAUACUCCACCCCAGACAUCACCCAAAGAGCGCAGAGACCGAGAUACUCCACUCCGGUGGAAAAGAAGAAAAAAGAAAAGAAAGAUAAAGAGCGAGAGAAUGAGAAAGAGAAGAAUGCUCUGUCCAAAGAAAAAACACAGAAGAAGAGACAGACGACGUCACCCACACCGACAACUAAUCAGAGGACUCGACCGGACAGCAGUGCCUCUAAACCUAAAAACCGCCCUCCGUCUCCUGUUCCUCCUAAGUCCCGCCCCCUGUCCCCUCUCGUCCAAUCAUCCUCCUCCUCAAAGCCCUGCCCAGGUAAGAAGACCCCGCCCCCCUCUGGUACCAAAGCCAGACCCAAACGAUCCCAGACUCCGGCCCGUGUCCAGACCACCGUCUCUGCGGUCACCGUGGAGACAGAGGUGGAGGCGAAACCGCAGCAACAGAGUCCUGUUGCCGAGGAGACUAAUGACACACCUAAACUUCCUUCUAUCAUGGUGUCAUCUGCCCCAGUGACCCCUCCCUCCUCCAGUCCUCCAGUUACCUCCAAUUCUACCCCCACCCCUCCCUCACCUACCCCCUCAACUACCCCCAUGACUACCCCUGCUACUACCCCCUCCACCCCCUCUGUCCCAGCCCAGGAUGCCCCCUCUCCUCCCAGUGAAGUGCCCAGGUCUACCCCCCUGCCUGCCCUCUCCAGUACCUCUCAGGCCCCUGCCCCCACCACCCCCUCCACCCCUGCUCCUGCCCCGGGUACCGGCAGGCCGAGCGCAGGCACCAAUGACCCGGAGGAGGCGGCACGGGCCCUGGCUGAGAAGAGGAGGCAGGCUCGGGCGCAGAGGGAGAAGGAGGAGCAGGAGAGGUUGGAGCAGGAGCACAGGAACAGGAUUCUGCGAGAGGAGGCUGCAGCUCGAGAGGCUGAGGAGAGAAAGAGAAGAGAGGAAGAGGCGCAGUUUAUGGCCGAACAACAGAGACUGAGAGAUGAGGCGGAGGAGAGAGAGAGGGUGGAGAGAGAGAAGAGAGAGAGGGAAGAGAACGAACGGAUGCAAAAACAGAAAGAGGAAGCAGAGGUCAAAGGUCGUGAGGAGGCCGAGCGACAGAGAGUGGAGAGAGAGAAACACUUCCAGAAAGAAGAACAGGAACGGCUCGAGCGGAAGAAGCGUCUGGAGGAGAUCAUGAAGAGGACAAGGAAGAGCGACGCUGGGGACAAGAAAGAAGUGAAGCCAUCUCCACAAGACUCCGAGCUCACUAAAGCCUCGGUGCCGGUGGUGAGCGGUGGAGCCUCCCAGACUCCAGUGUUAAACGGGGUCCAGUCUCAUCAGAACGGACUCAACCAGAACAAACAGUUUGAGGAUCUCCUGGGCCUGAACCAGAGCAACAACAGCAGCGGAGGACUGCUCAAGCCACAGCCUGUCACCGAGGUCUUGUGAAACACAGACGCUGAAUUGGCCUUAAGUCUCUGAGGUUCACUUGCUUUUUCAUUCUGUGCCAAAACAACCAACAAGAACAUUAUCAUCACUGAAGCGAGACCUGGAGCUGCUCUCUGCCCAAAACAACUUUAAAAUGUACAAAAUAUUUAAGAUUAUAAGAACAGUAUUGUAUUUGUAAGGUGCAACACUACAUGAGUUUUACUGAAAUUCUGUAAAAUGCAGAGUUUAUGGAGCACCUUAAGACAGACGGUUAUGUAAGAGCGUUUAAAGAGUUUAAAGAGGGGGUAUUAUGAUAAAUCCGUUUAAAAAAAAAAUCUUUCUUCCAUGUUCUGACACUGUUCCCUCAUCAAAAACAUGAAGAGGUUUUAGAUGUCAUCCAUGCAUGUUUGAGUAAUUUAGUGACCUCUCCCGGGCUCUAUUCAACUCCACGUCACUCAUACUCCCACACGACACUUCUCCAUAAAUAUACAAAACCAUGAUACAAAACUGUACACAGCAACUUGACAAACCUGAUGUGAUGUGCAGUAGUUUCAUUAGUGGGAUGCAUCUGAUUGUGUUGUGAUAGUGCUCUGAAGGGGGAGUGACUUAGCACGGAGAACAAACGUAGGGGAAACUCAGAGCGUCAAAAACGAAAGUGAAAUUUAAAAACCAUAUCAAUAUGCUGUUUUGGGUGAAUAUAGCACUUUCAAAACAAUAAAAGGAAACAUAGUGAUCUAAAUAUGUUAUAUACUACAGUUAAUACCCCAUAGAAGUAAAUACCCCCUCUUUAAUACCACAUAGAAGUAAAAUACCUCCUCUUUAAUACCCCAUGGAAGUAAAUACCCCCUCUUUAAACAGUAUAAAACUAUGGAAGUGCGUAUCACUAUAGGAAAAGCUUGUAUUCUAAUGAUGAGGAUUUGAUGUUUUUUUGUUGAGCAUCGUGAGUCUUUUUGCUGUUUUUUUUUUGUGUCUUGAAUCUUGAUUUAUUUAAACUCCUCGAGCAAAUAUUGAAAUGUAAAAAAAGUGUUACGGGGAUGUGCCAAUAAAGCUUUAUCAAAGGG